GCAACAACCUGGCCCUGCCUGGCAACCGAUCUUCUACGCCCUCCGUAGACGCUGGUGAGCAUUUUCCUACUGGCCCCUCAACCGCCAACAAGACAACCUUGUGCUGCCAACAAACCGUGUGAGCCGCCAUCAUGUCACACACUGGUACUAUGCGGGGGACGCCCAAGAACCGCACCCCAGCUCCCGCUCAGUUCGCCAGUAGCCCAUCUGGCAUCCCACGACCAGCACUGGAGUCCCACGUCACCCAGAGCGAUGCAGGCACUUCAACACUCAGCGCCAGUCGGGCGAAGAUGUCGAAGCGGGACGAUGCCAUCCGACGGAAGAUCGAGACGGAUCUGAACAAGAAGAAGAACCCCGGAGGACGAGUGCGUCCCACGAGAAAGGCACCCCCUGGCACCGUUCUUGCCCUCAAACCGAGCCCGGCCUUGCAGAUCAAGCCCAAUACCACCGUCGCCGAGGCAGCUCAGUUGAUGGCAGCGAAGAGGGAAGAUUGCGUAUUAGUUACGGAUGACGACGAUCGUAUUGCUGGUAUCUUCACGGCGAAAGACUUGGCUUUCCGUGUGGUUGGAGCUGGAAUCAAGGCGCGCGACGUUACAAUUGAAGAGAUUAUGACCAAGAACCCUCUCUGCGCAAAGACCGAUACCAGUGCCACCGAUGCACUCGACCUUAUGGUUAGAAAAGGCUUUCGUCACUUGCCUGUCAUGGACGAGAACCACGAUAUCUCUGGUAUCUUGGACAUUACAAAGUGCUUCUACGAUGCCAUGGAGAAGCUGGAGCGCGCAUACAGCUCAUCCCGCAAGCUCUAUGAUGCUUUGGAGGGUGUACAGGCAGAACUUGGCUCGAGUCAACCACAACAGAUUAUACACUACGUCGAGGCCAUUCGACAGAAGAUGUCUGGCCCCACCCUAGAAUCCGUCUUGACCGGAUUGCCUCCAACUACGGUAUCUGUUCGCACGUCGGUCAAAGAGGCGGCUGCACUGAUGAAGGAGAAUCACACUACGGCCGUUUUGGUUCAAGACCAGGGUUCAAUAACUGGCAUCUUCACCAGCAAAGACGUUGUUCUUCGUGUCAUUGCUGCUGGCCUGGACCCAGCUACCUGCAGCGUCGUUAGAGUCAUGACUCCCCAUCCCGACUUUGCGCCUAUGGAUAUGAGUAUCCAGUCGGCGCUUCGCAAGAUGCACGACGGCCACUAUCUCAACUUGCCUGUCAUGAGCGAUGCCGGUGAAAUUGUAGGCAUGGUCGAUGUCCUCAAGCUGACCUAUGCCACUCUUGACCAGAUCAACAACAUCAGCACGACAGACAGUGAAGGGCCGGCCUGGAAUAAGUUCUGGCUGUCGUUGGACAAUGAGACGGAGUCGAUGAUGUCUGGCGAGGGUGGAAGCCGAAUCCCUGGCACGCCUGACCAUCGAUCCAUGGUUUCCCACGAGCACCGCCCUGCCUUCAUGGAUCGUGGAGAUAGCGUCCUUCCCAAUGACUCUGCUUCGCACCAUGGAGAGUCUCCGCCCCAGUCUGCGGUGGCCAGUGUGCCGCCGACCGCCCUGGAAGACUUGCCCUUUCCUUUCAAAUUCAAGGCGCCUAGCGGACGUGUGCACCGCCUGCAGGUCGUGGCUUCGUCCGGUAUCGAAGAGCUCAUCUCAAAUGUAGCUAGCAAGCUUGGGGCCGAGGUGGAGUCAAUCGGGGGUGCACCCAGCUUUGAGCAUGGCAAGGUGUCCAAAGCAGGGUUCGCCCUGAGCUACCUCGACAAUGAAGGCGACACUGUCUCCAUCACGACGAAUGAUGACCUCAUCGAGGCCAUCAGCCUUUCUCGCCUUGGGCAUCGCGAGAAGGUGGAUCUUUUUGUGCACGACCCAGACAAGCCGCCGCUUGUUGCCGAAGUCAACCCCCAACCUGCCUUGGCGAGGCCAGUUACUCCGCCAGAGUCUAUACUUCGCGAGCGCAAGAAGUACUUUGAUGACGAGGAAGAAGCGGAGGCGCGGCCAAGAUCAAAGCACCGAGCCCAGCCUACGCCGGUCGCGCAGCAGCCGGAGAUUAUCGCGGGGGUGCCCAACGACCUUCUUCUUCCCGGAGCUAUUGGUGUUUUGGCGGUGGUGAUUGUGGGUGUCUUUGUGCUUGGCCGGGCCUCGAGUCGCUAGAAGUAUACAGACGGGG